AUGGAUACAUUUAUGGAAGUGUUCGUCGACACUAGUACUGGCGUAACGUUCUCAAUUGAAUUGGGUUACUUUGAUACAGUGUUAGAUAUCAAAAGGAAGAUCGAGAAAUCUCAAAGGAUCCCUGUCUCCUACCAAAACCUUGUCUUCCAAGGCGAGUUUCUUACUCACGACGAUUUUUUAGCCAAAGUAUACAAUAUCGUCGACAAAUCUCGUCUCCAACUCUUACUCGUCAUCCCUGAUGAUCACAACAACAGCCAAGUUCUUCAGCAAGCAGAGCCAUCUCCAGUUCCGUCAGCGUCUUUUGAAGAUUGGCUUCACGAAAAGAAUCAAGAUUCAACGUCUUUUGAAGAUUGGCUUCACGAAAAGAAUCAAGAUUCGAGUGUGACGAUGAUGGCCGAGAGCAGAAAGGAUCAAGUUCUGCAUUCUCCAGCAACGUCAAAAGAAACUGAUGGUUUUUUGAAUCAAGAUUGGCCUGAGAAAUCUCAAGUAUCGUCGUCAAAGUCCAGCAAUCAAAGGUUUGAGACAUCUCCUCUGCCAAACUCAUUUACAGAACUCAUGUUGAGUGAGGAUCAGCCUUUCAUAACCGGAGAGAUGACGAGCAACUUUCAAGAUUUGUCGGGGAGAGACAAGAGCAAUAAUCAAAGGGAGCCAUCUCCUCUGCGAAACUCAUUUGGAGACCUCAUGUUCGGUGAGGAUCAGCCUUUAUCAACCGAACAUUUCACUAACAUCCAAAGUUACAGCCCUGCAGAUACAACGGAAGAGAUGAUUAAAGACAAGAGUAGUCAAGUGUUUCAAACGGAGCAAUCUCCACUACCGUCAAACUCAACAGAAGAGAGGAUCAACAACACUCAAGAGAGCAAUGAGAAAUCGACCAAAGAGGUCAUUAACAUUCCAGAUUCGCCUGUGAAUGUGAGGAGGAGCGCAAGAAAACCGCCGCAGAAGCUGAGUGUAGUGAUAUUUCCAUAUUCCCCUGAGGAUAAACCUGUGAGGAAGUUUACGGUGGAGGUGAACGCGAGUGCGAAAGUUGAAGUACUGAGGAAAGUGCUGGAGAGGAAUCAACAGAGGUUUCAGUUGAAUCUGCCUGAAGAAGGGUAUUUCUUUAUACACAACCAGGUAGUGUUGGAAGAUGAUAAGUCAUUCCGCUCAAACGGUGUUGCUCACGGUGAUUCAAUCGAGAUUUUUCCAGGACAUGUUACCAACGACGACCGUCCAGAUGACAGAAGAAUUCGUAUGGUGGGUCGCUAA